AUGGGGCAGACAAAUAUAGCCCUCAUACAAGAACCUUGGAUCCACAAGGAAUGUGUAGGGGGGCUCAAUACGGGGUGCGGCUCACUCUACUAUGAUGCCACAUCCACAAGGCCCAGGGCUUGCAUCUUCGUCAAGAAGGAGAUAGCGGCCCUGAAACUUAACGAAUUCUGCACAGCUGAUCUCUCAGCGGUUAAGGUUAAACUUAACCUCGGUGGGAAUACGUCAGAGCUGAUGGUUUGCUCGGCGUACCUUCCGUAUGAUUCAGUGGACCCUCCACCUACGAGGGGAUUCGGGGCACUGAUAGACCACUGUGUUGUCACCGGUCUGCAUCUGAGGCACAGCAACCUCGCCACCACGGGUCUGGAGAUCCUCAACAUAGACUCCGCCCCUAACUUUGUUACCUCCCGUAGACAGAAGGUAAUUGAUCUGACCCUGGGCUCCGCAAAGGUGGCACAGGUCGUCAAACAUUGGCAAGUUCGGGACGAGAGCACACUCUCGGAUCAUCGCCUUAUUACUUUUAACCUAAUAGGUGACAGGGGAGGCGGCACUGGCGAGGCUUACAGGAACCCAAAGGCCACCAACUGGGCACUCUAUAAAGAGGGCCUGAAGAGGAGGCUGAGGAGGCUAAAGGGGCACUGUCAGCGUCCUAGGACCGUAGGCGAAAUUGACCAAGCGGUGAAGCACUUGAGCUCCGCCAUCACUCAAGCCUACGAGGCUGCCUGCCCUGCCAGAACCAGAAACAGUAACAAAAGGGUCCCCUGGUGGAACAAGAAAUUGGACCAAGCCAGGAAGGACACCCGUAGACUACUGAAUAAAGCCAUGAAGGCCAAUACAGAGCCAGCAAGGGACAACUACAAAAGGUCCCAGCAAGCUUACAAAAAGUUAAUAAGAACCAGCAAGAGGACGGCCUGGAAGACCUUCUGCAAAGAGACCGAGGUGCUUCUGACGAACAAUCAAAGAGAAACGCUAGAACACCUGAUCUAG